UUCUACACGCAUGCGCACACCACAGUGUCUUCCCCUUCCCUUAUCCUGUGUGUGCGAGUAGUUAACCUUUUGGCAGGCGAACAUCAUCAUGUUUUCUGCCGUUAUUCGUGUUUCUGCAGCCGGCAUCAGGAGUUUAGCACGAACAGGUCCUCAGUGUACGGCUCCCUUGGCCUCCCGAUGCUACUCUCAUGCCAAAGCAGAGACAGAUGAGGAGUUUGACGCUCGCUGGGUCACUUACUUUAGCAAGCCCAACCUUGAUGACUGGGAACUUAGAAAAGGUGUGAACACUCUGAUCGGCUAUGACCUGGUCCCUGAACCUAAGAUCCUCGACUCUGCACUGAGAGCCUGCAGAAGGCUGAAUGACUUGGCCAGUGCAGUCCGCAUUUUAGAGGCAGUAAAGGAUAAGUCUGGACCACAUAAAGAGAUCUAUCCAUAUGUGAUUCAAGAGCUUCGCCCCACCCUUGUGGAGCUGGGCAUCUCAACCCCAGAGGAACUGGGCAUCGAUAAAGCUUAACCAGGUCUUGUGACACGUCUGACAAGGUUGUUCACUGCACUUCAAGUCCGCCAUGUUUUUUAAUGUGCAGCGCUCAUACAGUUCUGUCCUGUCAUGUCUAAUAUUUUUGACCUAAUAAACAGAGCAAUAUCUAA